AUGGGCAUCAAAGUGGGCGACCUCGUCCUGGCGUACCACGGCGUGUUGAUCUACGACGCCAAAGUCCUGAAGGUCGACACGGGUCACGGCGUCCAAGAAGAGGCGCGUCAAGGGGUCCACAUCACGGCCAGCACGCAGUUCUACGUCCACUACCAGGGCUGGGCCAAGAAAUGGGACGAAUGGGUGCGUUACGACCGCGUGCUUGAAGCCACGACCGCGAACCGGUUGCUGCAGCAACGGGCCAAAGAAGAACUUGCCGAGGCCAAGCAGAAGAAGAAGCGCGUGGACCGGAAGCGGACCUCGAGUCGGUCGCGAGCUGGAGCCGACGCGGCAGCGGCGGGGCGGCAGUCGCCGUUCAAGCGGCUGAAGCGCAACGUGGAGAAGGAGGUUGAGGAGAUGCCGGACGAGGAAGCAGCGACGCUGGGCGGAAGCAGCAAGCAGGUGAGUCUCCAGAUGCCCUUUUCGCUCAAGAAACAGCUCGUGGAGGACUGGAAACGCGUGACGCAAGCGCCGCAUCAACUCGUGCCGUUGCCGAGGAAGCCUAAUGUCCAACAGAUAAUCACGACGUACUUGGACGUGAAGCAGAGCAAGGUGCGAGCUGGAGAGGCGAGCGAAGAGAAGGAGUUCAAGAACGUGACGGGCGUCAUGGAAGGCGUGCAGUCGUACUUUGACCGAGCCAUGAGCUCGCUUCUGCUGUACCGCAUCGAGCGUCGACAGUAUCAGGAGCUACGACAGAAACAGACGGAGAAUGUGCCGCUUUCGCAGAUUUACGGCGCUGAGCAUCUCAUCCGUCUCUUUGUUCGUUUGCCCGUUCUGCUCGCAAGCUCGAGCGCUUCUCCGCGCGAGUUGGUGCAGAUCCAGGCCCGGCUCAAUGACUUUCUCAAGUUCCUUCAAAAGAACUCGGCCGCGUGGUUCCUCACGGAAUACGAAGCUAUGUCGGACAAGUACGUCGAGCUCGCUUUAGCCACGCAGUAA